GGUGGUGGGUGGAGACGGCGAAGUCGAGAUCGGAUCGGUGGCGACGGAUUUGUGCGGAACAGCAGGCAGCUCACCCUCAGUGGACGGCCGGCAGUGGGCAGUGCGCAUGCGCGGCGGACGGUGCAAGACGGGGUUUGGCUGCUUGGUGUGCGGGUCGGGGGAAAAAGGGAGUAGGUUUGACGGAGAGACGGACGGACACGGUGCUACCACCUGAUACUCUCAUAGUGAUUCAGGCCGACACUUGGUAUUGGACCCCGACGUCGUAUGAAAGCUCAUAAAGAAACCAUCCAUGCACAACCAUCUUAAAUCCAACCAAUAUUUGCAUUGCAUGGAGGAGUAGGUCAUCCUGCCCUCAAGCCAAUUCAAAACGUCGACUGUACUUCUUCCUAGAGAUGCUACCUGGCCUGCUGCGUUCACCAGCAACUUUGAUGUGUGUUGCUCCAAUUCACUGAGAUCUUGGUUUCAACUCCACCGUCAUGAUUGUCCCUCUAUCCUUGAUUUCCUCUUUGUUCCCAAAAAGACGAAAUGCACAUAAUGUCAAUAAAGAAAAUGUCUCCAGUGAAAUCUGCAAGAAAUUAAAUUGAGUAUAAAAAAGUUGUCACUCACAAGCUAAACAAUGAAUUGGAAUAAAGGAGGUGGUGGUGCAAAGAGGGGCUUUGGUUUUGGUGGUUUUGCUAUUACACCAGGGAAGAAGGAAGAACCAAAACUACCAAAGGCAGCACACUCUGUAUUCGGUUCACUGGGCCCAUCAAGUGGCUAUGGGAAAACCCAACCGGCUCAGACACCUUGCUUCUAUAAAGUGGGAUCUAAGCGGCCAAACUUUGAUGAAGAAAAUGCGUAUUUUGAAGAUGAUGAUGAAGAAGACAGUUCAGCCAAUGUUGACUUGCCAUACAUACCUGCAGAAAAUUCUCCAACCAGACAACAAUUCUCUAGUAAAGCUGAGGACUCUGAUGACAGCGAGGAGGACCCUUUGGAUGCGUAUAUGGCUGAAGUGGAGGACCAAGCAGCAAAAGAUAUAAAAAGACUUGAUGAAAAGGAAUGCGAGAAGAAAAAUGCCAAGGGUAUAAGGGAUGACAUUGAAGAGGAAGAUGACCAUGAAGCCUAUUUUCGAUACAUGGCUGAAAAUCCUAAUGCUGGUGUAAUUCAAGAGGAGGAGGAAGAAAUUGACUAUGAUAGUGAUGGCAAUCCCAUACCUCCACAGAAGAAAGUGAUUGAUCCAUUGCCUCCAAUUGACCACAGUGAGCUCGAGUAUCAGCCAUUUGAAAAGAAUUUCUACAUUGAACAUGAAGACUUGGCAAAGCUUUCACUCAUACCCCUGGCAGAACUCCGGCAGAAGCUGAAUUUAAGAGUUUCUGGUGCUGAUCCUCCCAAACCUUGUAGCAGCUUCGCCCAUUUCGGCUUUGAUGAGCAGCUGAUGCACCAGAUCCGAAAGUCAGAAUACACACAGCCUACUCCUAUACAGUGUCAGGGUGUUCCCAUUGCACUGAGCGGGAGAGACAUGAUUGGAAUUGCCAAAACUGGUAGUGGUAAAACUGCAGCCUUUAUCUGGCCAAUGUUGAUUCACAUCAUGGAUCAGAAGGAGCUGGAACUAGGGGAUGGACCUAUUGGUGUGAUCGUCUGCCCAACCAGAGAACUCUGUCAACAGAUUCAUUCUGAAUGUCGGAAGUUUGGAAAAGCCUACAACCUGAGGUCAGUGGCUGUGUAUGGUGGAGGCAGUAUGUGGGAACAGGCAAAAGCUCUUCAAGAAGGUGCAGAAAUCGUCGUGUGUACACCAGGGAGGUUGAUAGACCAUGUGAAGAAGAAAGCCACUAACCUACAGAGAGUGACCUAUUUAGUAUUUGAUGAAGCAGACAGGAUGUUUGACAUGGGAUUUGAAUAUCAGGUCCGAUCAAUAGCAAAUCAUGUCCGUCCGGACAGACAGACUUUGCUAUUCAGUGCUACUUUCCGGAAGAAGAUAGAGAGACUGGCCCGAGAUAUCCUCACUGACCCUAUCCGAGUUGUACAAGGAGACAUCGGAGAGGCAAAUGAGGAUGUAACUCAGAUCGUGGAGAUUCUUGCAGCUGGUCCUGAUAAGUGGGUUUGGCUCACAAGGCGACUUGUGGAGCUGACAUCCAGAGGCAGUGUACUCAUCUUUGUGACCAAGAAGGCUAAUAGUGAUGAGCUUGCUGCUAAUUUAAACCAGGAGGGUUAUACUGUUGGACUGUUGCAUGGAGAUAUGGAUCAGAGUGAACGAAACAAAGUCAUCUCUGACUUCAAGAAAAAGUCGAUUCCUAUUCUAGUGGCUACAGAUGUCGCAGCUCGUGGUUUGGAUAUUCCAUCCAUUAAGACCGUGAUUAACUACGAUGUGGCUCGUGAUAUUGAUACACACACUCACAGAAUUGGACGAACUGGCCGAGCAGGAGAGAAAGGAAUGGCAUAUACAUUAAUGACCAGUAAGGACAGCAAUUUUGCUGGAGAUCUUGUUCGCAAUUUAGAAGGAGCUAAUCAGUAUGUUUCCAAAGAACUGUUGGACCUGGCAAUGCAGAACCCAUGGUUCCGAAAGUCCCGUUACAAAGCUGGGAAAGGGAAAAGAAUGAAUAUUGGAGGAGGAGGAUUAGGCUACAGAGAGCGUCCAGGACUUGGCUCGGAUAAUUCAGACAGAUCAACGAACAAUGUGCUGUCUAAUUAUGAAGCAUAUAAGCCAUCCACUGGCGCAAUGGGGGAUCGAAUGUCAGCCAUGAAAGCAGCAUUCCAGUCACAAUACAAGUCACACUUUGUUGCAGCUACUGGAAGUGCUCCAAAGAUCACAGGCUCUGCUGCUGGUACUAGCAACUGGACAAGUGCUGGGAGUCUCAGCAUCAUCCCUACAUGUCCUGUGGGCAAUCAGGUCACCAACCAACCCUCAGUCCUCAACAGCAACAGUGGAGCUACUGGGCGGAACAAGGACAACAAUAAUCGAUCGGCUGAGGUCAAAAUCAAUCGCCCAAUUGAUAAUAGCCCCAGUCGUUCUGAAGUUAGUGGUCGGCAUGGAGAUAGCUUUGGUCGUCAUAGUGAUAGCUUGGGUCGCCACGGUGACGGUUUUGGUCGCCAUGGAGACGGUUUUGGUCGCCAUGGUGACAGCAGCAGUCGCCACAGCGAUUCUAGCAGUCGCCAUUCUGUCAGUAAGUACAGUGAUCGGGGUAGUGACGGCAGGCAUGGUGAACGGAGUAGUGACAGGCACAGUGAGCGUAGUGGCGAGAGAUAUGUUGACCGCAGUGACCGACAUGGCGAUCGGCGAAGUGAUAGCCGGCACAGCAAUAGGCAUGCAGAAGGUCGCGGUGACAACUGGCAUGGUGAGGCCAGAAACAGUGGCCUAAUUCGGAGCAGUGGGGAGACCGGACGUGUUGAUGAAACUGGGAAUGGUGGUGGGAGUGGGAAUAGCAGCGAGAGCAGGAAUGGAGACAGUAGAAGCAGCAGUCGGACCACUUCUACUGAGAAUGAUGGCUUUGCUGUGCCAGAGCCACCCCCCAGAAAGAAGAGGAGCCGGUGGGACAAUUAAAUUCCGGAGGUUGUCUGCUCCAUAUUCUCCUGCAGACAAACAUGCUUACACAUCAAAGCCCUGUUAGAAUCUUGGUGUAUAGUUUUAUCUGCAUAACCAUUGAAACAAAAAGGGACAUUACUGAAUGGAAUUUCAUUUAGAGUAGUGCAUCUUGUACAUUAGUGCUGGUAUUUGAAAUGAGAAACUCUGUAAGAUUCAGUUAGCUGGAAUUUUUCAGGUUGUCAGAUACUUUCAGUAUAUUUGUUUUUGCCUUUUGCUCUGCACUCUUUGUGAAACAGUAAAGUCAUCUCAAAGAUAGCUGAAAUUGUAACCUCUGACUUAUUUUCUUUUUGCUGAUUUGUGUUGUGAUAUCCAACUGCAUUUGGGUUGAGAUUGCUGUUCUGGCAGGAGUAAAUCGUGAAAAGGAAACAUUCCUUGGCUGUUUCUAAAAGCUGAGAUCAGCAGCCAGCUGUCUUCACUCUGGUUUGAGCUUCAUCAUCAAAUUCCUCACUUGUGUUUGAAAAGUUGGCUCCUUUUAUAUUCAAAUAAAGACACUUUUAAACAUGAAAUAUUUAA